AUGGCGGACAAGAGUCUUGUGAAGUUGUGCAGAUCACUGUUUUUAUCGCGUUUUUCUUCCAUUAAUGCAAAGUCUGUCAGAUAUUUUACGAGAUAUCUAUCGAGUACAGCUAAAAAUCUGAACGAAGAGAACAGAAUCUGUUUUAUAACUGAUGGCUGCAGUACAGAAGAGUUGGAGAUGGUACAAGAUUUCGUAGUCGGUAAUUUAGAAGUUUGUGAACAUUUUAUUUCCGAAGAAGAGGAAACUUUACUAUUGAAGGAAAUCGAACCAUAUUUGAAGAGACAAAAGUAUCAGUACGAUCACUGGGACAAUUUUGAGAAUUUGGUGUUAGACCAAGAUGACAAUUUCUACUUGAUAAGUUUGAGUCUUCUCAUUAGAUGGUAUAUUAAGCCCCACGUUGACAGCAUUAAGUUUUGUGGAGCAAUAAUAUCUGGCGUCAGUCUCCUGUCACCUUCAGUUAUGAGGUUUAAACAUGAGAAGCUUGGCAAUGUCAAAGUUGAUGCCCUUCUCCAACCAAGAUCACUCUACAUUAUAAGGGAUGCUGUAAGGUAUGAAUUUACACAUGAAAUAUUGAAAGAAGAAGAAUCUGUUUGGAAAGGAAAGACUGUGCUUAGAGAUAGGAGAGUAUCUUUAGUCCUCAGAUGCCAACCCUAACAUUAAUAAAUCAUCUCUUCUAAAUGA